CGCGAGGAACUCGAAGAGAAGUUUGAAAGGGCGCUGAAGAGACCGAAGAUCAGUCGUAGAAAAGACGAGCACGACCUGACCAACGACGACGAUGAGAUGAUUCAGAUUCUAAAACAACAGAUGGACGCGGCGGCAAAGAAGGACGCCGAGCUCAUCGAGAACGGCUCAGGUAUCGCAAUCAACAAGGUGAAGCUGUUGCCAAAAGUGCGCGAUGUGUUGAGUAAGGUGAACUUGGCGGAAGUUAUCCUGGAUAACAAUCUGCUCGCCGAGGUUAGACAGUGGUUGGAACCAUUGCCUGAUGCGUCGCUGCCUUCUUACGAGAUCCAAAAGACGUUGUUUACCGCGUUGCUGAAGUUGCCAAUCAACACAAACCAUCUGAGAGAAUCGGGUAUCGGUAAGAUCUUGUUGUUCUAUCAGAAGUCAAAAAGAGUUGAGCCAAAGAUCAAAAGAGUGGCUGAUAAGUUGAUUUCUGAUUGGACAAGACCUAUCAUUGGUGCAAGUGAUAACUAUAGGGACAAGAGAAUCCACGGGGUUGAUUUUGAUGCCCGCAGACUGAAACUAAAGGCAAAUAAGCCUCACAAGUUGACUGCCGAGGAGAAGCGUAAACGUGAAGCUGACAAGACCAUCUACGAACAACAGGCUGCUAGAAGAAACAGAGCAGCUGCACCAGCACCAACAGUUACUGAUUACAGAUUUGCACCAAGGUCCAAUGUUGACAAGUCUCAACAAUCCAUUGCCACCGCAGGUGUUGGCUCGUCGCUGAACAGAGACGACCAGUUCAAGAGAAUCAACCAGAAAUUAUCA